UUGUUCCCUCUUACAUAUUGGACCACAGUUGCACACUUCACUUGCUCCCUCUCUGCGCUGCUUGCAAGCAUUUAUGACUAAUUUAAAGGAGCUUUGCAGAGGUUUACCUCUCGACCCGCUUCCACCCAAUCACGGCAGAGACCCGGAUGUACCUCAUGCACCUAUUCGUACACCGAACCUCACAGCAGAGGAGAAACGACUCGCUCUGAGGAACGCUCUGAGAUAUUUUCCUCAAGCUCUGCAUGCCAACUUGGCUCCUGAAUUUGCCCAGGAGCUCAAGCAGUAUGGGCAUAUUUACAUGUAUCGGUUCUGCCCUAGCUUACGCAUGAGUGCAUAUCCUAUCGAUCAGUACCCCUGUAAGACCCGACACGCAGCAGCCAUCAUGCACAUGAUCAUGAAUAACCUGGAUCCUGCUGUAGCGCAGUUCCCACAGGAGCUCGUUACGUACGGAGGAAACGGACAAGUGUUCAGUAACUGGGCUCAGUUCUGGCUGGUGUUUCACUACCUGAGCACUAUGACUGAAGAUCAGACACUGGUGAUGUACAGCGGUCAUCCACUUGGCCUGUUUCCCAGCCUGCCCUCGUCCCCACGCUGCGUCAUCACUAACGGCAUGGUCAUCCCAAAUUAUUCCUCCAGGGAGAGCUAUGAGAAGAUGUUUGCUCUGGGAAACACCAUGUAUGGACAGAUGACUGCAGGAAGUUACUGCUACAUCGGGCCUCAGGGCAUCGUUCAUGGCACGCUGCUGACCGUGUUGAACGCGGGACGCCGCUACCUGGGCACGAGUGACCUGACAGGUCGUGUGUUCGUCUCCUCUGGUUUAGGUGGGAUGAGUGGAGCACAAGCCAAAGCUGCUGUCAUUGCUGGAUGUGUUGGUGUCAUUGCAGAGGUUGAUGAAGCUCCUCUAAGGAAGAGGCAUGAGCAAGGCUGGGUGACGGAGGUCACGAAGGACCUUGACCACUGCAUCCAGCGCAUCAGGGAGGCCAGGAGAUCGAAGAUGGUGCUGAGUUUGGGUUACCAUGGCAACAUUGUAGCAUUGUGGGAGCGUCUAUGGCAGGAGUAUGAGCACACAGGAGAAUUACUGGUGGAUUUGGGUUCAGAUCAGACGUCACUUCACAACCCGUUCAGCGGUGGUUAUUAUCCGGUCCAGCUCAGUUUCACACAAGCCAACCAGCUCAUGAGCUCCGACCCUCAGAGAUUCAGAGACACUGUACAUGAAAGUCUCAAGAGACACGUCGCUGCCAUUAAUAAGCUCUCGGAGAAGGGAAUGUUCUUCUGGGAUUAUGGCAAUGCUUUUCUUCUGGAGGCCAAACGAGCAGGCGCUGAGGUGGAGAAGACAGGAGGAGGUGCUACAGAGUUCAGAUAUCCUUCAUACGUCCAGCACAUAAUGGGCGACAUCUUCUCUCUGGGUUUCGGGCCGUUCCGCUGGGUCUGUACUUCAGGAAACCCAGCUGAUCUGGUGCAGACAGAUAACAUCGCCACUACAGUGCUGGAAGAGAUCAGCCUCACUGUUAACGAGCGAGUUCGUCAGCAGUACAGUGACAACAUCCGCUGGAUCCGCGAGGCUGGAAAACACAACAUGGUGGUUGGCUCUCAGGCUCGUAUUCUCUACUCAGACCAGAGAGGAAGAGUGUCCAUCGCUUUGGCCAUAAACCAGGCUGUUGCAAAAGGCAGAGUCAUGGCUCCUGUAGUGAUCAGCAGAGAUCACCAUGAUGUCAGUGGCACUGACAGUCCAUUCAGAGAGACGUCCAAUAUAUACGAUGGGUCUGCUUUCUGUGCAGAUAUGGCUGUGCAGAACGUCAUCGGUGACUCUUUCCGUGGUGCCACGUGGGUUGCUUUGCAUAACGGAGGUGGUGUUGGCUGGGGUGAGGUAGUGAACGGAGGCUUCGGAUUGGUCCUGGAUGGUUCUGAGGAGGCUGGAAAGAGAGCCAGGAUGAUGCUGAACUGGGACGUCUCUAAUGGGGUGGCUCGGCGAUGUUGGUCAGGAAAUUCCAACGCAUAUGAGACGAUUCAGCGUACCAUGGAGGAUCAGAAGGAGCUGAGAGUGACCCUGCCUCACCACGUGCAGGAUGAAGAUCUGCUGGACCGAGCACUGCAGGGAUAGAGCUACAGCGUGGCGUCAGAUCACUUCAGUUCACUUUGUAAUUCAUCAGACAAUAAACAGAGAUGUGUUAAAAUGUA